CGUGUUGUUAUCGUCAGUGACAGCACCCUUCGUUUGGCCAAAAAAAAAAAAGAAUCUCAUCUUCCUGUCCAUUUCAACUCGAGAACAAGCCAUUGCCAAGCUUCAAACUUCCCAUUUAUCUUUCUGCCUUGAAUUUCCCUGUUCCCUUGCCUUCUCAUCCUUCACUCUGCUUUCUGAUCAUCAUGAAGAACCGCUCCCUCAAGAACCUUUCCUGGGCUGGUCUCUUCCGAUUCUUCAGAGCAAAUUACAUUUCUACACCUCCUCAGUUACGUAAAUACUGCAACCUUGUGCGAUAUUUUGACCCCGAAUCGAGGGAAUCCAUGGAGGGGGCGCUUCGCUGCUCUGCUAAUUUCGUCCCUUUGUCUCCCGUGAGCUUCUUGGAAAGAGCGGCUAAUGUCUCUACCGACACAACCUCUAUUAUCUAUGGUCGUUUCCAAUAUAACUGGGGACAAACUUAUCUGCGUUGUUUGAAACUAGCUUCUGCUCUCACUCAGCUGGGGAUUUCCCGUGCGGAUCUGGUUGCUACCCUAUCCCCUAAUGUCCCUGCAAUGUAUGAGCUGCAUUUUGCAGUACCAAUGGCUGGAGCAAUUCUUUGCACUCUAAAUUCACGUCUUGAUGGAGCUAUGGUUUCAGUUCUUCUAGAACAUUCACAAGCAAAGGUUCUCUUUGUAGAUUACCAAUUGCUCGAAGUUGCAAGGAUAGCAUUGAAACUGCUAAGCAAGAGAGUUAGAAACUUGCCUACUUUAGUUCUAAUCACUGAUUGUGACUGCUCGUCUACCAUUGACACUACUUCAGUCAGUUGUGAGUAUGAGGAGCUACUAGCUAUGGGGCAUAGUGGGUUUGAGAUUGUGAGACCAAAUAGUGAAUUUGAUCCUAUAAGUGUGAAUUACACCUCAGGCACCACGUCUAGGCCAAAAGGGGUUCUCUAUAGUCACAGGGGUGCCUAUUUGAAUACUCUAGGAACUAUUCUUCUCUUUGGGAUGGGGUUUAUGCCUGUUUAUCUUUGGACUGUGCCUAUGUUUCACUGCAACGGGUGGUGUUUGCCUUGGGGAGUGGCAGCUCAAUGUGGGACCAAUGUGUGUCUAAGGAAAGUCUCGCCAAAGGACAUUUUUGAAAAGGUGACACAGCAUAAAGUGACACACAUGGGCGGAGCUCCUACAGUUUUAAACAUGAUUGUGAACUCUGCAUGGACUGAUAGAAGGCCACUUACCCACAAGGUGGUGGUGAUGACUGGGGGUUCUCCACCACCACCACAAGUCUUAUCCAAGAUGGAAGAGAUUGGCUUUAGUGUAUCUCACCUUUAUGGCCUAACAGAAACAUAUGGUCCUGGGACUUCUUGUGAGUGGAGACUUGAGUGGGAUUCCAUGGCUCUUGAAGAAAAAUACAAGAGAAAAGCUAGACAAGGAAUCCCCCACGUGGCUUUGGAUGCAAUUGACGUAAAAGAUCCGAAUACUAUGGAAAGCGUUCCAGCCGAUGGCGAAACAACGGGUGAGGUAAUGUUUAGAGGAAAUACAGUGAUGAGUGGAUAUUUGAGAGAUUCAGAAGCAACAAAGGAAGCUUUCAGAGGUGGGUGGUUUCAUAGCGGAGAUGUGGGAGUGAAACACUCUGAUGGCUAUUUGGAAAUUAAGGAUAGAUUAAAGGACAUUAUAAUAUCAGGGGGAGAGAAUAUUAGCUCAGUGGAGGUCGAAACAGUUUUAUAUAGCCAUCCAGCAAUUCUUGAAGCCGCAGUUGUAGCUAGACCAGAUGACCAUUGGGGGCAAACACCUUGUGCAUUUGUGAGUUUGAAAAAAGGAUUUACUGCAGAUGCUCGAGAAAUAAUUGAUUUUUGUCGAAGUCAAUUACCACCUUACAUGGCUCCAAAAACUAUUGUUUUCGAGGACCUGCCAAAAACUGCAACAGGAAAGAUACAAAAAUAUGUUUUGAGGGAGAAAGCUAAGGCCAUGGGCAGCCUUACUAGACCACCUAAUACAAUGGAGCCCAAUUAGUCAAGAAUGUUUCAUGACAUAUGGGACUAUAGGAGGAACUCAUUCUUUUUUUCUUUCUUUCUCUUUUUAACCAAUGGGAGAAACUCACUCUGUAAUGUUGUCUUAUACAAAUAAGGAUUGAUUUUCAUGGUAA